UCCAGUAGGCGAACAGUGUUGCAGCAGGCUAGCGUCUCCUCCCCCAACCCUGUUCCCUGGGCUCUCCCAAAGUUACAGACUGAGGGUGCCGCUCAGCCACUCACAGCCCUGGAAUUUCCCAGGAGCCGGGGGAGCAUGGAAUUUGGACUUUCCUGAACAGCUGAAGUGGAGUGUGGAGCUUGCCCAGCCCAGGAGAGCACCAUGGAUGGUGAACCACCGGGCAGAAACGGCAGCAAGCCCCCGGACAUGAGGCUCCUUUCCAACCCAUUGAUGGGGGGUGUAAUCCGUUAAGGCCCGGUCACAGUGGAGCAGGAGGGCGCCGCAUCCAAUGACUGGUCCAUGGAAGAAGAGCAGAGGAGGCAGAGAGGGAGGGAUGAAGCCUUGUGACGACAGAGGUGGAGAUUGCAAAGAUGCAUCUGAAGAGCCAAGAAACAGCAAAGACGGACACCCAACACCAGAGGCUAGAAGAGAUAUUGUAUCUGAUUGGUCUCCUGUGCAUGAAGCAGCCAUUCAUGGACGUCUGCUUUCUUUGAGGAGCCUCAUCAACCAGGGGUGGCCGGUGAACCUCAUCACGGCAGAUCGUGUGUCUCCGCUCCAUGAAGCCUGCCUUGGAGGUCAUCCUUCCUGUGCAAACAUGUUAUUGAGGCAUGGAGCUCAGGUGAAUGGUGUCACUGUAGACUGGCACACUCCCUUGUUUAAUGCUUGUGUCAGCGGCAGCCAUGAGUGUGUGAAUUUGCUUCUGCAAUAUGGAGCCAGUCCCUACCCUGCUAGUGACCUGGCAUCCCCCAUCCACGAAGCUGCUAAGAGAGGCCACGUGGAGUGCAUUGAGUCUCUUGUGGCUCAUGGGGCCGACAUUGACCAAAACAUCUGCCACCUGGGCACACCAUUAUAUUUGGCUUGUGAAAACCUGCAGGUGGCCUGCGCCAGGAAACUUCUGGAGUCAGGAGUGAAUGUGAACCAGGGCCGGGGGCUGGACUCCCCUCUUCAUGCAGUGGCCAGGGCAUCCAGUGGGGAGCUGGUCAGCCUGCUCCUGGACUUUGGAGCAGACACCCAGGCCAGGAAUGCUGAAGGCAAACGACCCUUGGAACUGGUGCCUCCAGAGAGCCCCCUGAGGCAGCUCUUGCAGAGAGAAGGGCCCUCUUCUUUGAUGCAGUUAUGCCGCCUUAGAAUUCGGAAGUGCUUUGGGAUCCAGCAGCAUCAUAAGAUCACUGGACUCAGCCUCCCUGAGGAGCUGAAACGGUUUCUCCUCCACAUGUAAAUGUGUCAAGGGAAUGGCGCCACAGACAACAGACAAACGUUAUCGAGCGUUGAGACCACUGGGAUUUUCAAGUAAAGUCAGGUUUAUAGAGUUCAGCUAAGUUUUUUUUUUCAGUGAGAUUUUUAUUUGUAACUCUUUGUACUAGGUUCUUUUGUGCUGUUGGUUGGAGGGUAUGAAAAAUCUUCUCCCCUGCCUGGAAGGGGGUGGCUAAGAUAUCCAUGGUGUUGCAUACCUUACCUUGCCAGGCACUGAGCUGAGAACACUUUAUGCUUCGUCUAAUUUAGUCCCCAGAGCAACCCCACCAGGUAGGCACUGUUCCUCCCCUCUUCCCUAGGUGAUACCCUAAGACUUGGGGAGGUCAAUUUGUUUAGUUACCCACAGUGAGGCUAGGCAGCCAGAUUCAAGCGUAGGUUUUCUGAUGCUAACCUGGGGAUUUGUGAGGGAGGCAGAAUUUUCCAGUAUCGCUAUCCUGGCUCUGUCUCCACUUUGUGGGGAAAAAAGAUUAAAGAAGUGUGACAUUU